UCAAAGCGAAGUGUUUGUUGUUCAUUGACCAAGUUUAGUUUAGUGAAAUUAUUUCUCUACAAUGCCUUCUAAAGCAGAAGAUAUUCUUCAAGGAUUCAAACUAAAUUGGAUGAAUCUGCGAGAUGCUGAUUCAGGCAAAGUUCUAUGGCAAGGCUCAGAAGAUUUGUCAAAGCCUGAUGUAGAACAUGAAGCACGUGUACCUAAAAAGAUACUACGUUGCCGAGCAGUUUCCAGAGAAAUUAACUUUUCUUCUGUUGAACCCAUGGAAAAAUUUCGUCUUGAACAACGAGUUCUUUUCAAAGGCAGAUGCCUAGAAGAAUGGUUUUUUGACUUUGGUUUUGUGAUACCGAAUUCGACUAAUACUUGGCAAUCACUCAUUGAAGCAGCUCCUGAGUCUCAAAUGAUGCCUGCAAAUGUUUUAAAUGGAAAUGUAAUAAUUGAAACCAAGUUCUUUGAUGGUGAUCUUCUAGUCAGCACAUCCAAAGUUCGUUUGUUUUACGUUUGAAAUGCUUCAGAAGAAAGCAUUUUUUUGUUCUAAGCACUGUUUUAAAUGAUCCUAUAAAUUUUCAUCUAUGAAUUCAUCACUGAAACUAAUCUCAAGCAAAGUUGAGUUUUGCAAAUGUGUUAAAAAUUAAAUGCUGUUGAAUUGUUUAUACUUUGAUGUUUAUGAUCUACUCAGUACUAAUGACAUAAUUUCUGGUCUCUUUUAAAAAGAAAUAACAUUGAUAUGCAUUUGAGUCUUUGCAGGGUUCAACCAAACUUUUUUUCUUUUUUGUGCAUUCGUUUGGAAAAGCUCAAAACUUAUGUUGAUGUUGUGUAUUUUUUCCAGAAGUUUAUCUUUUGCUGACCUAUGAAGCAGAUAUACAACGUUGACCAUUAAUAGUUUGAAAGCAGUUUCUUCUGCAUUUUUGUCAAAAAACAUAAUUAUAGAAAAAUUCCUCAAUAUAUAAGCAAUCUUAAUUGUAUCUUUAGCAACUCCUUAUAAAAUUUUACCAUGUGCAAGUGCUUGGAAGCACUAAUAUAUAUGUGUAUACAUGUCAAUACAUGUAUAUAUGUGUAUGUGGGCAUUCCAUUUACUUGCUUUCAUGAAAAAAUAGAAAUAUACUCAAAUUACACCAGGUAAAAACUUCAACUAGUAGGUAAAUAAGAUCUUAAAAGAACAUUUGAUUAUUCGAUCAUUUUUUAAAGUUUUGUUGCUGAAGUUAGAAUGCAAAUUUGUAAAAAUUAUAUUUUAUUCAACUAUGUGAUAAAAUUAUGUUUUAUGUACAUGCAUUGAGCAUUAUAUCAGUUAUCAAUGUCUUUAAUUUGUUAAAUGAUCUAGUGCAAAUUCUUUUCUUUUAUUACAUUUGAGACAAGAAAAUAUGUCAUUAGCAAUUUCUUCUACAUGCUCUCAAGAUUUUUCUUUUUUUUGUUCUUAGAAAGUGUUUUUAGAAAUUUGAGUACAUAGUUUUUCCCUUUUGUUAUCCUUUUUUUUAUAUUUGUGUUUUGAUUGCACUUUUAUUUCAGUUUAGUGCUAAUUGCUAAUGUUGAUGUUUCCUAAAUUUAUUUUUUUCUCUUUCUGUUGGGAAAAAUCCUUUCAUUUAAAAAUAAAUUUCAAUUUGCUUUUGACUUGUUUAUUUUUUUUUUAAGUUCCGUAGAAACAACAAAGCUUACAAUUUUAAAUUUUUGCCCUAAAAUAUAUUUGUUAGUUGGAACUUAAUAAUUGCUCCAUAUUUUGAAGAGGAAUAGUUUUGGUUUUGAUAUAAAUAUUGUAUUAAAUUCGAAUGGAAAUGAAAUUAAAAUUGCAAAAAAUACCAAGUGAUGAUUAUUUUAUCAUUCUAUUUUAAACAAUACAUAGGAACACGCUUAUUUAAUUAUUUUUACUACCUAAAUUUUAGACACAUCUUUGAUUCAGCUUCAAAUUUUAACCCAACUUCAAUUUUUUUUAAACAACUUUACUUUUGAUAAAGUAUACUUUUUCCAAGCAACCAAAACUUAAAUAUGUGUAUUUUUUGUUUUUGUUUUUGGGUUCAAAAGCAUUAUAUACUUGUAAUGGUUUUUGCUGUCAGUUUCUUGGGAUUACUUUAUAACUUAUAAGAUGAUGCUUAAUUUAAUGCAGUGAUUGUUUAUUUCAAUCAUUUACUUGCCUUUAUUUGAUAUAUAUAUAUAUAUAUUUUGAAUGUUGCUAAAUUUUUUAUGAACUGUUACAAGAUUCCUGUGUUACAUGAAAAACUUUUUCUGGCAUCAAAUUGCAUAAUUGAUUUUAAAAAUCGAUUGUAACCAUUUUUUUUUCAAUGCUUAGUGGAAUGAAAGAUAUUGUUUCUCACAAAAAUAUUUUUUCUUUUUCAUGAAAAGUAUGUCAAUACUAAAUAUUUUCAUUAGUUAUUCAUUGUUGAAUUUUUUUCUCUUUUUGUAUUAUAAUGCAGUGAAAUGCGUUUAAUAUGAAAUCAUAUAGUGGUCCGAACAGUAUACUGAGCAAUUUAAUGUAAUCCAUUUAACAUAAAAAAAUAUUUCGGUCCCUUCAAUUUUGUGUCGAAUGUUUUUCACUGUAUUUGUCUGCAGUUCUAAUUCACUCAUUCAAAUUGUAAUGGAAAAUUUUCAUGAAAGCACCUAUAUGUUGUCCUAAAUUUAGAAAAGACAAAGCUAAAAAACGACAGAUAGAAUCAAGUUUGUUACAAGCAAAAUUUUCUUGUGUGGUAACUACAUAUUUUCUUUUGUUCUUUUUUUAGAGAAGGAGGUUGUAGUAUGAAUUUUUUUUUAAAAAAAACUAUCUUUUUCUACAUCAAUGUGAUUCCUUCUUUUCCCAUACUUUUUUUGUUAUGGGAACAAAUAAAAUGGGAAUUGAACUAUUUAAUACCUUGUGUCAUUGAAAAAUUUAGAUGAACUUAAUUGAAGUUAUCAGUGCUUGAACUCUGUGGUUAAACUUGUUCAGAGAUUUAUGAAUUUGAAAUUUAUCUAUUUCUUUCCAUGAAAUAGUUUUUUUUUAUAUCUUCCCUUAAACUAAGUACAGAAGAAAAAUGUUUUAAUUUUCUUAUUAAGUUAAAUAAUAACUACGUCCACUAGUGUACUUGAACUCCUUUAAUGUGCAUAAUAUACACUUGCACAUAUAGUACUUAAAAUUGAAUAGGUGUACAUUUUUCAUUUGGUAUAUCAAUUUUGUUAUGUUUAAACACUUUCAUGUCUUCAACCAAUGCAUUAAUUUCAUUUCCAAACAUUAUACUUCAUACUGAUUUCUAAUUUGUCUAAAUUAAAUGAUUUUUCUAAUUUUUUACUGCAUUUUGUUGGAAAAUAUCUUUAAAGGAAUGAGGAUUUGUUACUACAUAUACCCUAAAUUACGGUUAAUAUUUAAGUUAUGAGAAAUUUUUAUGAAUUUAAUAUUUCUAUGAAUUCAUUGCUUAUAAUCCCAUGUAAAUAUUUAUUUUUUAUAUAAUCGUUUUGUUUCUAGUCUUUUGCAUCAUUUUUUGUAGAUUUUUAAAAUUUUGUUUAUCUGAAACUAUUUUGUGGCAUUUUGUUUUGUGAUAUAUCAUCUCAUGCUUAUAUGUUUUAAAACAUUAAAUGAUGUAUGUUAUAUAUAUAUAUAUAUAUAUAUAUAUAUAUAUAUAUAUAUAUAUAUAUAUAUAUAUAUAUAUAUAUAUAUAUAUAUAUAUGGAUGAGACAUAAUUUAUGAUUGCAAAGUAACCCAAAAAUGGUUUUUAUUUAAAACUUUUGUGAAUUUUCUGUGAUGAAUGCUCUUUAUCCCUAGUUGAAGGGAAAUUGACUUUUUUUAGUUAAUACAGAGCUUCAGGUACUAUUUUUGUAUUAUAGUUUGUUUCCAAGUACAGGGAUAAAUAUAUAGAUACUUGAAAUUAUGAACAUUUUUCUUUAGACGUGACUUUUAUGUUGGAAAAAAUAAUUUAUUGUGGGAUAAAACCUUUUUCUGAUGUUGGUUUUUAUAAUUUAAAUAAAGACAAAGGAAGAAAGAACAUAGAAUUUGUUGAUGUGUAAUUAAUCAGGGGUGAUUUUAUUCUGUCUUUCCAACAGAGCUUUUUUUUUUUGUUAUAUGCUAUUUACCCAGAGGUGUUUUUAAUCUGAAAAUUUUGGGUUUUUGUUUCCAAAAAGUUUGGGCUGACAACACAUUCUAAAACUGAAAAAUUAUUUAAAAUAAAUAAAUAAAUAAAUAAAUGUUUUUUUUUUUUUUUGCAAUGCUUUUGUAUGCAUAUUU